CGGAAGCGGGGAGCAGGAUGCAGCGGCGCUGAAACCCCCCCCGACUGCCCCGCCGGGAGCGGCCCCGCCAUGGAGGUACAAGAUGCUGGACAAGAUAUGGUGGCUUCCUAUGCCACACCAGGAAGCGGUAAAUCGAAGCUGGAUACACUGUCCAAAGAAGAUCUCAUCAAAUUUGCGAAGAAGCAAAUGAUGCUUAUGCAGAAAGUGAAGUCAAGAUGCACAGAAUUGGAAAAAGAGAUUGAACUCAAAUCAAAACCAGCUGCUGGAGGAGCUGAUGAUAUUAUUCAGGCGCUCUCAGAAAGGCUGGAUGCUGUUCUUCUGGAAAAAGCAGAGAUUCAGCAGCAGUGCAUAGCCCUCAAAAAAGAAAAUGCUAAAAGGAAACAAGAAGCAGAGGUUGCUGUAACUAAGACAGAAGAACUGCAGAAGCAGUUGGAACAAUCAAGCAUUGACCACUUGAAAGAUAUUGAAGGCCUUAAGAAUGAAGUAGUAAGAGCACAGUCCAAAUACAAUGAAGACUUAGCCAAACUGCAGAAAGAACUGCAGGAAGAAGUGAAGAAACAAAUGGGGCUUGCAGAACAGCUUGAACUUCAUAGUAAUCAACAAGAGGAAACUAAAAGACUACAAGAAGAGGUCCAGCAAAUUAAGCAUGCAUAUGAGGAACAGAUUUUAUGUCUGAAUAAACAGUUGGAAGCUAUCAGUGAGGAUAAAAACAAAGACAUUGAAAAUCUGCAAGAAGUUAUCAAAAAUAAUUCUCAACAUUACUGUAGUGAAAUCAAUAAUCUGCAUGAAGAGCUUAUACAACUAAAGGGUGCACACCAACAAGAGGUUUCAGAAUUGAUGUGUCAGCUUGAAGCCACUUCUAAAGAAUAUGAAGAGGAGAGAAACCAGAUAAAUCAGCAAAAGCUGGACUUAACAGAGCAGCACUUGGUAAAAGAAGAAAGCAUGAAGGGUGAAUUGUAUGCUAGUAAUGAGAAAUAUGAACAUGAAUUGGAACAACUAAGAGAAGCUGUAAAUAAAAAUAAAGAAAAUGAGACAGAUGUUGCAGAUGUACAAAGAGACACUUACGUGGACACAAAAAUGGAAGAAAAAGUCAAACACUUAGAACAUAUUUUAAAAGAACUGGAAUCUCAACACAGUAUAUUAAAAGAUGAACUAACCUAUAUGAAUAAUGUUAAGUUAAAACUGGAGGAGGAAAUCCAGCACACAAAGGAUGAGUAUUUUCAUGAGCGGGAAGACUUGGAGUUUAAAAUUAAUGAACUGCAACUUGCUAAAGAAGAUCAUUGUUGUGUAAUUGAAAAACUAAAAUCAGAGCUCCAAGCAAGAAGAUACCAAUAUGAAAUCACUGAAAAAGAGCGUAAUCUAGAAGUUCAAAGUCUGAGAGAACAACAAGAGAGAGAGAUUUCGGAACUACAUCAGACUUUAUUGUCAAAUUCAGAAAAAGAAAAUAUGGUAUUGGUUUUUGAAAUACAGGAUCUUAAGGAACAGUAUCAAAAGCUCAUACAGGAGAAGGAAGAAGCAGUGUUCAAUUAUGAGAGUUUGAGGGAAACCCUGGAAACUCUACAAACUGAAUUGGGGGAAUCAGCUGGAAAGAUCAGUCAGGAGUUUGAAUCAAUGAAGCAGCAGCAAGCUUCUGAUGUCAGUGAGCUACAGCAGAAACUCAGAGCUGCUUUCAAUGAAAAGGAUGUUCUUCUUGAAACAGUGAGUCGUCUUCAGGAAGAAGCAGAAAAAUUAUCAUCUAAACAAGCUGAGGCGGAAGAACUUAAGCAUAAAAUAGUCAGCUUUCAGGAGGCGAAUGAGGCAAUGAUGAUCUCUCUUGAUCAAAAAGAGACCACAAUAAAAGAACUGGAGGAAAAGGUGACUAGUCUUGCCUCUCAAAAAGAUGGUAUUUUAAGUGAACUGAAAUGUUCAGGUGAAGAAGUAGAAAAUCUCCAAGAAAUGUGUAAAAAAGAACAAGAAAAGGUCCUGGAACUUCAGCAACAAGCAGAAUUUGUUAACCAGUGCAACAGUGAACUGAAAAAAAAUGUAGAGGAUUUAACAGAGACACUAAAAGAAGCUUUAAAAGAGAAGGAUGAGAAUAACCAAAAGUUAGUGCAAUUAGAGGAACAAAUGGAAGCUCUCUCGCUUGAUAGAAAGAGUCUGUUAUCUCAAGCAUAUACUCUUCAUAAGGAAAAUGAGAAAAUCAAUAAGGAAAAAGCCAAAAUAAGUAGUAAUCUGGAAAAGGUUGCCUCUGAAAAGGAGGAUUGGCUAGUGUUUAAAGAACAAGCUGAAAGUUUAGAAAAGAAAUUACAAAUUGCUGUUGAAGAAAAAGACCAUUUAACUAUGCUUCUUGAAAACAAACAAGCACAUGCAUUACUUGUCAAAACUCAGCUGUACAGUUUGCUUGAGCAAAUAGGGUCCAGACUUUCAGAUGAUGAUGAGGAACACGAUGCUAUUAAUUUACUGCAGAUUGCAAAUGAAUCCUUGGCAAAAAUGAAAGACGAAAAACAGAGCCUUACUUUGCAGAAUGAUGAAAAAGUUCUUAAUUUACAGCAGAAGGUUGAGAGACUUCAGGAAGAAAAUGUAGUUCAGUGUGCAGAGCUCAGAUCUCUGCUGGAAAACUUUGAAAAAGAAAAGUGUCUCUUAGCAGAAAAAUUAGAAGGAGCUUUGUCAGAAAAAGCAGCCUUGCAGCUAGACAUCCAAGAGAUGAAGAGUGCCAAUGAGAAAGCAAGGAAUGAAAAACAAGAUCUUCUAGCUUGUAUUGAAGAGAUCUCUCAAAAACUUGCAUGUUAUGAAAGCCAAAUACAAGAGCAACAGAAGGAAUCUUCUACAGAAGAGCAAGAAAACCUAAAACUCAGUCUAGAACAAAGAGAGGCUGAACUUAGAAAUGUGAAAGCCGAACUGACCUCUCUAAAGGAUUUCAUGGAGAAGUCGUCUGUAAAAAAUGACCAACAAUCUUCAGUAGCAGAACUACAAGAAAAAAUUGUAUGUCUGGAAAAGCAAUCUGCAGAGAGAGAAGAGAAGUUAAAUAAAGUUAAAGUCAUUGCUGUGAAAGCAAGGAAAGAACUAGAUUCCAGUAGAAAAGAGGUGCAGUCUUUGAGAGAAGAAUUAGAGUUGGUACGAUCAGAGAAAGAUCAGUUGUCUACUUCUAUGAGGGACAUCAUCCAAGGAGCAGAAAGCUAUAAGAAUCUUUUGCUGGAAUAUGACAAGCAAGCAGAACAGCUGGAUUUGGAAAAGGACCGAGCAACUAAUCUUGAACAUCAGAUGGAUGGCCUUACAAGACAGCUACAGACUUCAACUCAGCAGCAAGAGCAACUAAACUCUGCCAAUGAAGACCUUAUGGCUCGUCUUGAAACUCUACAGUCUAAUGUUAAACUGCUAGAAGCCCAGAUAUUAGAAACGCAAAGAGCCAAAGCAAAAGUCGACAAAGAACUGGAAGCUGAAAAAUUUCUAAAAGAGCAAAAGAUAAAGGACCACAGCAGUGCUGUAAGAGAACUUGAAGACCUUCAGUUUCAGCUUCAGAAGGAAAAGAAACAUCUUCAGAAAACUAUGCAGGAACUAGAGCUGGCCCGGCGGGAUGCCCAGAAGAGCACACUAAUGGAUAUGGAAAUGGCUGAUUAUGAGCGUUUAGUGAAAGAACUUAAUCAGAAGAUUACAGAUAAAAACUGCAAAAUUGAAGAUCUUGAGCAAGAGAUCAGAAUUCAAAAACAAAAACAAGAAACACUACAAGAAGAAAUAAAAUCCCUUCAAUCUUCUGUGCUACAGUAUGAGGAAAGGAACUCCCAAAUAAAACAACUGCUAGUGAAAACCAAAAAAGAACUGGCAGAUUCAAGGCAAGCUGAAAAUGACCAUCUAAUACUUCAAGCAUCAUUAAAAGGAGAGCUAGAGGCAAGUCAGCAGCAAGUGGAAGUCUAUAAGGCAAGGAACUUCAUUCUUUGUUGUAAACAUUCACCUUUCAGAGUCUGUACUAUACAGUCUGAGAACAUGGUGUUGAAGUCAGAGCAUGCACAGACUGUGAGUCAGCUGACGACCCAGAACGAAGCUCUUCGGAACAGUUUUAGAGAUCAAGUGAGGCAUUUGCAAGAAGAGCAUAGGAAGACUGUAGAGACCUUGCAACAGCAGCUAUCCAAGGUAGAAGCCCAAUUCUUCCAACUUAAGAGUGAACCUAGCACAAGAGGUCCAGCUGUUUCAAACCUGCCAGUGAAGAACUUGCGAGAACGGAGAAACACUGACCUUCCUCUUCUUGAUGUGCACACUGUAGCUAGGGAAGAGGGAGAAGGAAUGGAAACAACUGACACAGAGUCUGUGUCUUCUGCCAGUACCUAUAUGCCAUCAUUGGAACAACUUCUUAAUUCUCCUGAAGCAAAAUUUGAGCCACCUCAAUGGCAAACAGAACUCACCAAAGAAGAGCUGGUCCAGAAGCUAAACACAACAACAAAAAGUGCUGAUCAUUUGAAUGGAUUGCUUCAUGAAUCGGAAGCAACCAAUGCAAUAUUAAUGGAACAAAUUAAGCUUCUUAAGAGUGAAGUAAGACGACUGGAAAGGAACCAAGAGCGAGAGAAGUCUGUUGCUAAUCUGGAAUACUUGAAAAAUGUUCUGCUGCAAUUUAUAUUUCUGAAGUCAGGCAGUGAAAGAGAGAGGCUUCUUCCCGUAAUGGAUACCAUGUUGCAGCUCAGCCCUGAAGAGAAGGGAAAACUUGUUGCAAUUGCCCACGGUGAGGAAGAAAGUGCAUCACGGCCCUCUGGUUGGGCUUCGUACCUUCACAGUUGGUCAGGACUUCGAUGAGACAACGGAAAUCUUUUAGACAUUUACAUUCCACAAUUGCACUAAUAAAGAAGAAAAUUUACUAUAGAAGAAUGAACCUUACAUGUGUAGCAUUGACAGUUUUAUUUUUCUGGUUUUGCAAAUUACCUUAAGCAAUGCAUCUUAGCCUAAAAAUGGGAAUAGAGGGUUUCUAAAGAAUGUGCUCUAUUACUUUCCGUCUCCAGGUUCUGACUGCACCAAACUAUUUCAUUGUUUCUUCUAAACAUUUUUAGAUUAAGCAAGUUGGUAUUCAGGAG